GUGGAUGGAGGUGCUAGGUCCGGCGGAAGACGUUCGCUUCUUGUUGGUCUGCGGCGCGACGGCCAUGGAUCUAUCUGCAGCUCUACGACCGCAAGUUGGGAUGCGGCAACCACUUUUUCCGAAACUCAAGCAGCUGAAGUUGGUGCAGGUUGCAUUUGAUGGUGUAUUUGUCCCCCACGACCGUAACGGGUACAGGUGGGGGAACGAGUGGUUUACUGAGUUUAUGGGCGCGCUAGAGGCGCGGUCGGCGUUGGAUCCUGGUCUACAGCUUGAAAAGCUGUACAUCCAGGACGCCAAGAAUGUCACGGUAGGAAUGGUGGAGGAGCUGGAAAAGUAUGUCCUUGAAGUGGUGCUGGACAGUCUGCCGGACGACGAAUCUCAAAACCAUACUUGUAUGGAGAGCCAUGUCGGGAACUCUCGCUAGUGUACUAGUGUACUCAUUAAUUCGUUGCACUAUGUAUAUAGAGCUGCUGUGAAUGAUAAAGCUCACAAGCCCGU